GAGAGGAAGGGGGGAGAGAGAGAGGGGGGAGAGAGGAAGGGGAGAGAGAGGGAGGGAGGACAUAAUGCAGGAACCAAGAGGAGACAUGAAGACGAAGAAGCAUCAUCCAACAAGAAGCUGGUGAUUGAUCACAGUGUCAAGGUGGCCAGGCACUACAACAGCCUGCAGGAAGUCGGUCUCGCGGCUCGGAGUCGAAGCAGGAUCUUCUUCAUGAGGAAUUUUAACAACUGGCUUAAGAGCAUCCUGAUUGGUGAGGUCCUGGAGCAGGUUCGGGGGGUGGGCUCUCAGCAGGUGUGUGUGUUGGAUCUUGGCUGUGGUAAAGGAGGAGAUCUGCUGAAAUGGAGGAGAGGAGGUAUCCAUCACCUGGUGUGUGCAGAUAUAGCAGCAGUGUCUGUGGAUCAGUGCCAGAGUCGCUACGAAGACAUGAAGAGGAAAAGCUACGCUAACGAGAAGCUCUACAGUGCCCAGUUCAUCAGUGCUGACUGCACCAAGGAGGUUCUGUCGGAGAAGCUGGACGACCCGGCGCUGAUGUUUGACAUCUGCAGCUGUCAGUUUGUGUACCAUUACUCGUUUGAGAGCGAACAGAAGGCUGACAUGAUGCUGAGAAAUGCCUGUGAACAUCUGAAGCCCGGAGGCUUCUUUAUCGGAACAACGCCGGACGCAUUUGAGCUUGUGAAACGUCUGGAGGCUUCCGACUCUCUGUCGUUUGGUAACGAAGUGUUUAAGGUCUCCUUUCAGUCCAAAGGAUCUUACCCACUGUUCGGAUGUCAGUAUCACUUCAGCCUGGAGGACGUGGUGGAUGUUCCCGAGUCGCUGGUGUACUUCCCUCUGUUUGAACACAUGGCGAAACGCUACAACAUGCGUCUGGUUCUGAAGCAGAGGUUCUCCGAGUUUUUUGAAGAAAAGGUGAAGAAGGAGCAGAAUCGCAGCCUGAUGAUGAAGAUGAUGGCUCUGGAGCCGUUCCCCUGUGAGGAUGGAGGUCGACAGGCCACAGACAGCACAGGAGAGUACUGCCAUGCUAAAGAGCACUGCGGCACAUCCGGACGUCCACUGGGAACUCUGAGCAGAUCUGAGUGGGAGGCAACAAGUAUCUACCUGGUGUUUGUCUUCCAGAAGAUGUCCUGAAGCUGAUCUCUUUUGGUCCUCGUGUUUGUACAGUGUUUUCAUUUUCUUUUCCAGUCAUCUUUCUGAUAAACUGUGAAAUGUGUUGGCUUGAUUUCACAAUGAAUAAAGACUAAAUGUUGA